CUUCCUUCAACACUCUCAGAUGUCUUGUUCCAAGUCUGACCUGAAGGAGGAAAUCCCUGGCGGUCUGGAAAAGUGUUUCUCGUCACAGGUGGAACCGCUGGCAUCGGAAAGGAAUCCAUCAAACUCUUCCAGCACACAUAUUCUUCAGUGAUAGAGACUCGAAGAGGGCUGGUAGCCUUAUUGAGGAAGUUAAAACGACCUCACCGAACGCACAGCUUACAUUCCUCCGAUGCGAUCUGGGCUCCCUAGCAUCGGUGCAGGAGGCAGCAACAAUAUUCCUCUCUUUCAUCCCGACUCGCAUGUCCUCAUGUGCAACGCAGGCAUCAUGGCCGUACCUCCCAGUCUAACGACAGACGGAUACGGAUCCAGUUUGGUACCAACCACGUCGGAUAUGUUCCUCACCAAACUUCUCCAUCCAACUCUCCUCCGAACGGCUGAAGAGCCCAACUCUGACGUUCGGAUCACAUUAUUGUUGUCAUCUCAUGGCCCUACGCCCUUCGGGUGGUAUCCAGUUCGACGGACUUCUUCGGCCCGCUUCUUUGGUCUCCUUGUUUGUUUUUCAUCUUCCUAUCUUUUUGUGAAACCACAUCAUGCUUCGACGUUCGACUCUCUUCUGGAAUUUCGGUUUCUGUAA